AACCCUUCCGCAGCCCUGAAAGAGAAGCAGGCAAGCUUCCGGCCGAAUGCAGGACAGGAUCAUCAAUUUAGUCGUCGGCGGCCUGACAUCCUUGCUGCUUGUAGUCACUCUAAUCAGUGCUUUUAUCUUCCCGCAACUACCUCCAAAACCUGUGAAUAUAUUUUUUGCUUUCUGCAUCUCCUUGUGUUGCAUUUCUGCUGGCAUACUUAUCUACUGGUAUCGACAAGGAGACCUGGAACCUAAAUUCAGGAACUUAAUUUACUACAUACUAUUUUCUAUUGUCAUGUUAUGUAUAUGUGCCAACCUGUACUUCCAUGAAGUGGGUAAAUGACUGACAUUGCUGGGUAUUCCCAAUGAUGCUACUGUAUCAGACUGCUCUCAGCUCGGCCUGAGAAACUUAAUGGAAGACGAUCAGCCUGAGAGAAAAGCAGCGGGUUGUGCAAGAAUAAACCAGUACAUGAUUUUCAUGUAAAUGUAUAUGUAAUGUCCCUCUUGUUAGGGAGAAUUAUUGCCGUAAGACAUGACAUUCUGCUUUUUUUUGAAGAGCUACUGUUGCACUUAAUGAACAUUCCAGUUGUACCGAUGUUUCAGAAUGGCACAAGCUUUUUCAUUUUGGAAAAAACUGCAUUUUUUUUAUUACUGUACAAGUAAACUGCAGCCCUGCAAGGUUCUGUAGCAGUAUAAAUAAACGGCAUCUUACAGUUACAUAAGACAAAUACUCUUUAUUUUGUUUAAACUGAAUAUACAAUUAUUUCUGUUCCCUAGGCAACCAUUUGAAACUACAACUUAUUUUUCACAUUAACAAAACCACAGACUGGAAAAGACCAACUCUGAUUAUGAAGAGCUAAUUACAGAAAUAAAUAAAAUAAUUUAUACAUGAGCCUUUAGUUUCUAUAGUUUUUUUCUCUUGAACCCUAGCAAACAGGCUGCUCAGCCUAGUGUCUGUUUCAACCCUUGAACGUAGGGAUUAAUUUUUCCUUUGCCUUAAGCCCCCUACGCCCGAGUUCUCAUAGAGCUAUAUCUCCAAGACCAGGCCACCUCCACAACACCCCCCCCACCCCCCAUCUAGCAACUUGCUGCAUAAUUCACCUCUAGAGAGGUGGCUGGUAGUGUAACGUAAACAGCGAGACAGACAAGUGUUUCCAUCUUACUUGCCAAAACCUUCAAAAGUUACAAGCUUUUGGGGGGAUGCUGCCGGGUCCUAGUAGCUUCCCUUUCUCACAGACCUUCCCUUUUUAUUCCGCUUGCUGUAGUGAUGAAACUUAAAAAAAAAAAAAAAGUUAGACUUUUCACAACUAUUGUUUCUGAACUGUAUCCAUUGCCAGCAACGGACUCUUCAGGAACAAGCAGAACAGAAAAAUCCCAUAAGCAUCUGUGACUUGAGUCCUAUGGUGUAGAAGUACUGAUGAACCAGAUGAGAUGGGAAUAGAGACCAUUUCUUCAUGAUGCUGCUCGUGCU